UUAUUUAUCAUCAACGCAACAUUAGUGUUGUCCAUUGGGGAAACGGUUGAAGAAGUCACUGAUUCAGGAUUUCUGGGUACAACUCCUACACUUACCUGUUCACAGUUGGGCGAUGAUGCACUUGUCCAAGUUUAUCCUGAUGGUAUUCGUCAUAUUCGGUCUGACAAAAGAGUAAACGUUUGGCGUGCACCUGGAAAGAAAACCAUUACCAAAUGUGCUGUUAAUCGUCGACAAGUGGUUAUAGCCCUUACUGGUGGCGAGCUAGUUUAUUUUGAAAUGGAUAUGACCGGACAACUAAACGAAUAUACAGAAAGGAAAGAAAUGCCAGCAGAUGUUAUUUGUAUGGCUCUUGGACGAAUUCCUGCAAAUGAACAGCGUUCUCGGUUUCUCGCCGUGGGCUUGGCGGAUAAUACUGUCCGUAUUUUAUCACUGGAUCCAUCAGAUUGUCUCACUCCCCUCACAAUGCAAGGAAUACCAUCUACUCCGGAAUCGCUUUGCAUAGUUGAAAUGGGAACGAAUGAACCAUCGCCUUCUACAGAUGAUGGGGAGUCAGAAGCGACAUCUUCAGGUGGCAUCCUUUACAUGAACAUUGGUCUGAUCAAUGGUGUGUUGUUGCGGGUUAUCCUGGAUCCAGUCACUGGUGAACUAUCCGACACACGUACACGGUACCUAGGUACUCGUCCCGUAAAGUUAUUUCGCAUAAUGAUGCAAGGAGGAGAGGCAGUUCUAUCUGUUUCGAGCCGCUCUUGGCUUAGUUAUGCAUAUCAAAAUCGAUUUCAUCUCAUACCACUUUCUUAUGAAGCACUAGAAUAUGCAUCUGGUUUUUCUUCCGAACAAUGUCCUGAAGGUAUUGUAGCGAUUUGCAAUAAUUCUUUACGGAUUAUGGCACUUGAGAAACUUGGCGCAGUAUUUAAUCAAAUUAGUUAUCCACUCCAGUAUACACCUCGUAAAUUUGUUUUUCAUCCAGAUUCAAAUAUUACUUACAUAAUUGAAACGGAUCACAAUAGUUAUACAGAUGAUGUUAAAAAUACUCAUAAACGUCAAAUGGCUGAGAAAAUGAUAGCCUCUGCUCUUGGUGGAACUUCUGAGGAUAUGGUUCUAGCGAAAGAGUCCGCUGCUGCUUUUCUUUCGGAAAAUCUUCCUGAGGCAAUAUUUGGCGCUCCAAAGGCUGGGCCUGGUAUGUGGGCAAGUUUACUGCGAUGUUUUAAACCAUUGGAUGGAAGCACAUGUCAGAUAAUACGAUUCCCACAAAAUGAAGCUGCUCAUGCCUUAACCGUUGUCAAAUUCAAUAAUCAUCCAGCUGAACAAUUCCUUGUUGUGGCUCUUGUCAAAGAUCUUAUCCUCAAUCCACGUUCAUGUUCUGGGGGUUGUUUAAAAACAUAUCGAAUUUGGAACAAUGGUGAGCGUCUUGAAUUCCUUCACGAAACACCAGUUGAUGAUUUUCCAGCAGCUCUAUGUGCUUUUCAAGGUCGUCUUCUUGUGGGUGUCGGAAAUCGAUUACGAAUAUAUGAUCUGGGGAAAAAAAAGUUGUUGAAAAAAUGUGAAAACAAGCAUAUUCCUACCCUAAUCAAUGGUAUUUAUUCUGUAGGCAGUCGGAUAAUUGUGACAGAUGUUCAAGAAAGUGUUCAUUGGGUCCGUUAUAGACCACGCUCCGAUAGCCAAUUAGUUAUAUUUGCGGAUGAUACUAAUCCCCGUUGGAUUAUACAUUUAGCAGUACUGGAUGCUUCAACAGUAGCAGUUUCAGAUAAGUUUGGAAAUGUCACUAUUCUGCGUUUACCACCUAAUGUUAUCGAUGAUAUUGAAGAUGAUCCUAGUGGCAAUCGCGCGCUUUGGGACAGAGGUUUCCUUGGCGGAGCAAGUCAAAAGUGUGACGUGCUAUGUCAUUUUUACGUCGGUGAGGUUGUUACUUGUUUACAGAAGGCCACUUUGAUCCCUGGAGGUUCUGAGGGUAUUGUUUAUUCAACAAUAUCUGGUAGCAUCGGAAUGUUGGUUCCCUUUGCUUCUCGAGAUGCCUAUGAUUUCUUCCAACAUUUGGAGCUACAUAUGAGAGCUGAAGGAUUAUCUUUAGUUGGUCGGGAACACGUACAUUAUCGUUCACAACAUUAUCCAGUUAGAAAUGUGAUUGAUGGUGAUCUCUGUGAAAUUUUCAACUCUCUAGAAGGCAGUAAACAAAGAUCAAUCGCUGAAGAAAUGGAUAAAACUCCUAGUGAUAUCGCUAAACGUCUGGAGGAUAUACGUACUCGCUUCGCAUUCUAAAUUCUUCUAAUAAAUAAACAUAAUACACGUUUUUAAGUGUGACCAUCUUUUAAUGUAAAUAAAUUUUAUAAUAUCUUCUGA